CGUUGUGGACUGCGACGAUCAUAAUUCCAGUUGUCAUGAUCGUGAAGACCAGUUACAACUGAAUAUAUGCCCGAGUUAACUUCUUCAGUAUCAAUACAAUGUGCUGCCUUGUAUUUUGGAACGGAUAGUAGCAAUAGGUUUAGGUUAUAAAUAAAAACAAAUGUGAGAAUUGAUUUUCUUGUCGUCAAGAUGUCGUCAAGAUUACAGGAAAUCCAGCUAAAGCCGAUGGUUAAAAUAUGCUGUGUUUUUCGGAGUUAUAAUCUUUUACUGAAUUACUAACUGUUUGAACAUCUCAAUUACAAAAAUUCGAUUUUUCGUGAACCGAGCUGCCGUGAAGAAAAUGGUAAUGGACCUUUGAGCACUAGAGUUAGGGGUUCAAGCUAUACAAUGGAAGUGAACACUUAAGGGAGAAGCAGAUUUUGUGUCAUAUACGUCGUGAUCUUUUGGAUGAAAACCUUUUUUCGUCUUUAGCUUUAAUUAGCACAUGUUCUGAUACACUUUCUCAUGCUGAUCAGCACUCACCAUAAAAUAUCACAGCAACAAAUCUUAAAAUAUUCAAUCGCUCGCUUACUUUGCAGGGGCAUCUAUCCUAUGGGACGUUUGAGACGGAAUCCCUCAAAGAAUCGUAAGAUGGUACGCUUUUGUGCUGUAUAAUUUAAUUUUUCAGGUGUUUCACUGAGAGAUUGAACCUCCGAGGUGGUACAAAAUCUUUCAAACAUUCAGAUGGAGAUAGACGCCACUGUCACCUAGGAAAUAUUUUCUUUCGUAUCUAUAAUAUCGCAAAAGAUAUCAAGAAUUUAUAACUUACCUAAGUGCAAUCUUUUGAGAUUUCAUUGAUUUAUUUUAUGAAAUUUCUAAAAUAUCGUCUAUCCGACGGCCUUGUAUAGUUUUAAUUGAUUUUUCUUUUCUUUGACAGAUGCUUUUUUUUAAUUUUCCAAGUAUUAAAAAUAGCCUAAAUUUCAUGAAAACAAAACAACGAAGAGCCUAACAUUCAAGGUUAUUGGUAUUAAAGACUUUUACUAUAAAAUAGCGAUACAACAUUGAAUCCGAACAAAAUAAGAGGAACAUUUGAUCAAAAUAAAGACAGUAUCGUAUCGAUAUUAUCAUCAGCAACAUGUUGUAUCUAACAACAUUAUCAUUAUUAUUCGUUGUUGGUGUAACAGCUAAUCAACUUGAAUUAUCUGUAAUUGAACAUGGUAAACGUUGUACACAAUGGGUACCACUAAGUUCACUAUGGAUAUCAAUGAUGCCUGGUCUUUGUUCUGGAGCACCCUAUGCAGAACGUAAUGCAGCGGAUUCUGGAUCUAUUCGUGCUUGUUGUGAUGCUGAUGUUGUGCCAACCAAACCGAUACCGAAUCAAGAAUGUGGUAAACAAAUAAUAACCCCAACACAAACACGAAUUGUCGGUGGUUCGGAAGCUAGAGCACAUUCAUGGCCAUGGCUCAUUUCAUUUCAACGAAACGGUGGUCAUAGUUGUGGUGGUACACUAAUUGAUACUCAGCAUGUAUUAACGGCAGCACAUUGUAUUGAUACUGAAGAAGUUAACUCGGGCAUAUAUUCAGUUGUAACUGGUCUUCACGAUCAUGACAACUGGAAUUAUGAUCGUCGCAGUCCACAACGCCAUAGAAUAGCAAAAAUAUUUAUCCACAAUCAGUAUGAUACAAAUACACAAGAAAAUGAUAUAGCUAUCCUCCGAUUGGACACACCAGUUACAUUGAGUGAACAUGUGAAUAUAGCUUGUUUACAGGGUCCUGAUCCAGAAGUUAAUUCAAACGUUAUGAUCGCUGGUUGGGGUACAACAUCGUUUCAAGGAAGCGUUAGUCAAAAACUUCUUCAAGCACCAAUAAAAAUUAUGAACGGAUGUCAUGUAUAUAAUUUCAAUAAUGAAAAACAACUAUGUGGUGGUACUCCGCAAUUUCAUAUGGAUACAUGUCAAGGUGAUUCGGGUGGUCCAUUAAUGUAUCAGGCUAAUGGGCAAUGGCAUGUUAGCGGUGUCGUUAGUUAUGGUAAUGGAUGUGCUUUUAAAGAUUUCCCUGGUGUUUAUACACGUGUUAGUCAUUAUAUUCCAUGGAUCAAUCAAAUACGUUCAACGGCUUAA